CAACUGCUCGGGGGCGCGCCUUUCUGUCCUCAACUACUUCAGACUCCUCCGGCAGCGGGGGACACCGUGCGCGGUCGGAUUUUGAGGGAUAUUUCCCGGGGAGGAUGAGGAGCGUCAGUCCUCCUUCCACACCUCACUCAAAGUUUUAAACACCAGAGAGGAAGAGGAGGAGGAAGAGGGUACAGGACCCGCAGCAGCAGCAGCAGCAGCAGCUCCGGAGGCGAUGGGAGACUUGGAGUAGCUUCACCCCGGCACUGAAACACCAUGGCUGUGGACGCGGCAUCCAGUUUCAGUUUCUGCAGGCCAGCUGUGGAGUACAGAGCUCUGUCCGAGGACUUCAAGCACCAGCUGAGUCGACGGACAGGUGGGAACCUAACCUGGCAUGAUGGACGUGGACAGAAAACAGCAGGUGGCAGGACGGUGAAGCUGCUGCAGCAGCCAGGCACAGAGGCCUUGCAGUACCGUUCCAGUGACAAUUAUGGGAUAUAUCACACGAGCCCAACACAGCCGAGCCUGAUCCGCCCCGUCGUGCUCUGGUCACAGCAAGACGUUUGUAAAUGGCUAAAGAAGCACUGUCCUCACAACUACCUGACCUACGUGGAGGCCUUCUCCCACCACGCCAUCACAGGCCGCGCGUUGUUGCGUCUGAACGGGGAGAAGCUGGAGAGGAUGGGUUUAGUGCAAGAGACGCUUCGGCAGGAGCUGCUGCAACAGGUGCUGCAGCUCCAGGUGCAGGAGGAGGGACGCAACCUGCAGCUGCUCAGCAGAGCAGGUUCCUUUGGAAAGAUAUCAUAGUCUGACCGCUGGACGAAGUGGACGCUGGGGAUUUACUGGAUAUAUGAAAACAAAAAACUCAAAUGUGAAUCACACUCGUGGAAUCAUUUCAUCCAGCGCAGAGUGACGUCCUGAAUUUUAUAUGAAAUGGAAGUUGGAGGCUUUUCAUUCACCGUGUGCACGAUGAGCAGACGUCCUCUUCACGGACUGACCUGGAGCUGUGAAGAAAAAGCACCAUGACAAUCUGUUUCGUCAAUUUAUCUCUCUGCUCUGUGAUUGAAUACAUCGACUAAUCCUCUCUCUCUCUCUCUCUCUCUCCUUGAAACUUUUUUAAAU